UAUAGAUCGAUGAUUUAGCCACCAGCGGAGAAGCCGGGUACUGAAACUGAAAAACCUAGCUACCGCUAUUCAUUCAUCAAUGGGAGGAGGAGGUGAAGAAAAUGUAAAGCAUCUCGAAGACUGUUCUGUUGCCAAUGCAUUGGGAACUUGGGUAUUCUCUGUGGCAGGAGCUUUGCUGGCAAUUCCGGUAGGAAUUAAGCGUAAAUCUCUUGGACCUCUUGUAUUUUUUGGCACUACCGGAACUAUGCUGGAUAUUAUUAUGGGGAUUACAGCGUGUGAAAGGGAACAUGCAGAGCACCAAAUGAAGCUACUUGAAGCUCAAAAUGCUGCAUCUGAAACUUUGUUGGAUGAGACAAAUACUGAUUCGUAAUCUCUAUAUUUUGAUGUUAACAUUGUUGUCAAAUUUGUAUGGUCAUACAAUUGUAACAAACUAAAUGAAAUUUUAUGGCACCAUGAUCAAAUGUGCUUUAUCUAUGUUGUUGGCCUUUAUGCUGCAGCAGUUUAAACAACAAAAGGUGAAUAACUGAAUGAGAAAGUUUCUAAGUUUAUUUUUUGUACA